AUGUCUCUCGCUCCUCGAGAUUCGUCUCCUCCCAAGCGGCCGAGACUGUCUCUUCAAAUAAAAGCGCCUGGCACGGCGCAGAUGUUUGGCCGGUCUUCGACGGCAUUGAAGGCAGACAUUGAUCCGACGUCCCCCACUGCAUUCAAUACACUAUCAAAUGCCUACGCUGCUGCUAUCGAGAAUUCUUCUCCCAGGACUGCCAAGCCUUCGUCGGUCUCUGACUCCAGGACUGCUCCGAAUGGCAGGCCUACCCUCUUACGACUGGAGACAAAAGUAGCCAGCAAAGGCGAUAGUUAUAUACUACCGUCUCAACACACUCGAACUCCAGAGCCGUUCGCGAAUACGUACCCCGACACCCCAUGCUCCGCCAUUCCAAGUUCGUACCAUGACUUGAAACCCACCACACCCUCGUGCACUUUCACACCUCCUCUGUCUGCCAAUUCUAUGGACUCGUCGCCGCCAAGGUUUAGAUUCACGGCCAAUGCUGCCAACCAAGAGAGCACGGGCUCUCCACGAACCCCACGGCGGCGAGCCACGAUCAGCAGUCAAUACCAAGUCGCGCCAUAUACGCACCCUCAAAGUCUUCGCAGCAUCCUCCGAAACUCGCCACUCCCUCCUCGUAGCACAGCAACACCCGGUACGCCAAGUCGAACGUCCAUGCGAUUAGCGAAUCGCUCUGCGAAGAAAGUGGGCUACAACGACCCCCUCACGCAAACCAUUACAACGAAUAAGUAUGUGAAAUCACAUAUUGAACUCUUGAUCGAAGAUUCUCCAUCUUCUGCCACAGACCCAGAGAGUGCGGCAUUGGACACACUAGAUGUGACAAUGGCCUAUACUGGGAACGAGACCAGAGAUGGUGGGCAGACCCCAGGUCCAUUUGAAGAGAUGCGCAGGAGGAUGGCAGAUAGCGAAAUAGCAACCCCGGCACGCAGGAAGCGCAGAUCUCGGGAAAAGAAGAGAAAGUGGGAAUGGACAAUUACGACUACCGAGACGGAAGAGGGAGAGCAGGACAAGGAGAUGAGCCAGGUGCCAGUGACAGCAAUCAGGCUUGACAACAUUCCAGGUACACCUAUCUGGCGGGAGGCGUCCGUAUCUACAGACGAAGCAUCUGAGACUGAAGGUAGUCAGUGCGAUCAGUCUAUGGACUCUGGCACAGAAUCGGAGGCGGUCAGGAGGGGGUUUGGUUAUCCUGGUCAGAUGGAGAUGGAAUCACAGGACGGCGACCGUCCAGGGACCUCACAGUCGCUAUAG